UUAGCAACCUAUCGCCUGGUAACAAGUUGUCAUCAACACAGACGGAAGUUAAACAAGGGCUGAGUGAUAAUGUCCUGACAGACUUGAGACCUGCAAGAGGUGGUGAUGUCUCAAGGCUGGUAUGGUCACAGAUCCAAUGGUUGCUGGAUUGCCCCCACUUCUACCAGCUCACGGUGCAAACUGGCAGGGGUGAAACAUACACUGUACCAUCCUCUUCAACCCACCCUUCGCCGAAUGGAAAUGGAUAGCGUGGCGCACAAGCUGAGUGAAGAGCAUUCAAGAACCAGCACGCCAUUAACUCAAGAUAACUUUAGGAAUGCAAGCUUUACAUCUGUUGCUGCUCCAGAUUGCCGCCUUCCAUCACUUGAAAUCACAGACACUGGACGGCAAAUAGCAAAAAGAUUUGCCACAGGUACAAUGGCACCGCUACCCCAAAGUACAAGCCAGGAGGAAUGGAGCAGUUUUACCAAUGCAGCUACUGACUGGUCACAGUGUAGCUCAUCCUCUGGGGAAUUUCAGGUGAAGGACCUCAAAAAACAAGUUUUAGGUUACAGGGGGUAUGCUGUGUGCUUGCUACCUACUGAUGGCACCCGCUCAUGGAAGUACUGUCUGCAGCAAAAUCCAUCUCUAGACAAAUAUGGACCAUCGCCUGUACCUGUGGAAACACUGAACACAUACCGUUCACCUGGGAAUCUAUACAGCUGGAAUUCUUCCAUUGGAGAUAAAGUAUAGGCACAGCAAUUAAAGAGUAGCAGAAUUCACUGAUGAUGGAAAAAAUAAUAAAGGAACAGAAUGGACCAGAUUUUGUAAUUUUUUUUCCCAAUCUGCCACAAAAGAUUUAGAUGGUAAAUGUUAUCAAAAAGGUUUAUGUAUUUUUACUAAAUAGUAAAUAUGACUUCAUCU